CACGAAACGCGCCAGCUCUUCUCUACAUAAGAACGUGCCAUUGGGGACUGCGUGUGCUCCGUACCCUUUCCCCCUCAAUACCUAGUCAAACGUCGCAGCACAGACAACCGCCAACCAUGCCCGAGCCCGAAAAGAAAAAGCUGCCCAUCGAGGGCGAGAGGAACAUCCUCAUCACCAGCGCGCUCCCGUACGUGAACAACGUCCCGCAUCUCGGCAACAUCGUCGGCUCCGUUCUCUCCGCCGAUGUCUUCGCCCGCUUCUGCCGUGCCCGCGGCUACAACACGCUCUACGUCUGCGGCACCGACGAAUACGGCACCGCGACCGAGACGAAAGCUAUCGAGGAAGGCCUCACGCCGCAACAGCUCUGCGACAAGUACUACGCCCUCCACUCAGAUGUCUAUAAGUGGUUCAACAUCGAAUUCGACCAUUUUGGACGGACGCCCACAAAGCAACAGACGGAGAUUGCGCAGGAUAUCUUUACGAAGCUGCACAAGAACGGGUACUUGGAGGAGCAGACUACCACGCAGCCGUACUGUGAGACGCAUAAGAGCUUUUUAGCGGAUCGAUUUGUCGAGGGGACGUGUCCGCUUUGCGGAUACCAUGAUGCGAGGGGGGACCAGUGCGAUAAGUGUGGGCAUUUGCUCGAUCCGUUGGAGUUGAUCAAUCCGCGGUGUAAGCUGGAUGGAGCGACGCCGGUACCGCGGGAGACAAAGCACGUCUAUCUGUGUCUCGAUAAGCUUCAGCCGCUGCAAGAAGAGUGGUUCAAGAAGAGUAGUGUUGAGGGCGACUGGUCUUCGAAUUGCAUACAGAUCACUGCGAGCUGGCUCAAAGAAGGCCUCAAACCUCGAGGUAUUACGCGAGAUCUGAAAUGGGGAACCGCAGUCCCGCUCGAAGGUUACGAGGAGAAGGUCAUGUAUGUCUGGUUCGAUGCAUGUAUUGGAUACGUUUCGAUUACGGCAACAUACACUCCAGAAUGGGAGAAAUGGUGGCGGAAUCCCGAGCACGUCCAACUUUACCAAUUUAUGGGCAAGGAUAACGUGCCAUUCCAUACGGUGGUGUUUCCUUGCUCCCAGAUAGGCACGAAGGACAAAUGGACGAUGCUGAACACAUUAAGCACCACCGAGUACUUGAAUUACGAGAACGGCAAGUUCUCGAAGUCAAGAGGUAUCGGUGUGUUCGGAAGCAACGCCAAGGAGACAGGCAUCCCUGCGGACGUUUGGCGGUAUUACCUCCUCUCCCACCGACCAGAAACCGGCGACUCGGAAUUCGAAUGGAAGGGCUUCAUCGACGCGAACAACAACGAACUCCUAAAGAAUCUUGGCAACUUUAUUAAUCGAGUCAUCAAGUACGUCAACUCGAAGAUAUACGACUCUGUGGUGCCAGACUAUACAAAAUACCACUCCGAGUACUUCGAUGAGCAUAAGAAGAAGGUCAACGAGUUGCUCAAGCGGUAUAUCGAGGAGCUGGAGGAUGUCAGAAUCAAGGCAGCCUUGAUGACCGCGAUGCAUAUAUCCAGCUUGGGCAACACUUUGCUACAAGAUAACAAGUUGGAUAAUCGGUUAGCGAGUGAGGAGCCGGAUAGGUGUGCGGCCGUGGUAGGGCUGGCAUUGAGCCACAUUCAUCUCCUGGCUUCACUGAUAGAGCCGUACAUGCCCGGCACCACAGACCUCAUUCUCAAGCAGCUCAACGCCUCCUUUCUCAUCAUCCCCGACGUCUGGGAGGCCCGCUCCAUCCCUGUUGGCCACACCAUCGGCAAAGCAACCUACCUCUUCUCCAACAUCAAGCCCGAGAAGGAGCAAGAAUGGCGUGAGCAGUUCGGCGGCGAGGAAGCGCGAAAAGCCAAAGAGGAGAAAGCGGCCAAGGCUGCAGCUAAGAAGGCGGAGAAAGAGCGCAAAAAGGCGAAGAAGGCUGCCGCUAAGGCUGAUGGGCACGUCGUCGGUGGUGAGGUGGGUAAAGGUGUGGAGGCUAGUGAGAAGGGUGGAAAGAACGAAGUUCCGCCGGCGGAGGCGGAAAUUGAUGCGGUUAGGGAGGGGGUGGAGCAGGUCACUCUGCAGACUUCGUAACGGGAUUGGAACGAAGGGGAGGCAUGUCGAUGCUGAGAUCUUCUUGUAGAACUAUGUGCAUUUUCUGAUAGUUCUGGCGCAGAUACGGGGAGACGGAGUGAGGCCGGAUAGGAAAGAGGUGUCGGUACAGUUGGAGUUUGGGGGAUCUGCAAAAUACGGUUUUCGGUUUGCCAGCCAUGAAUAGGGUUACGACGUAGACAUGCAUGUAGAAAUCUCGUUACGAGGCUGUUGCUUGUCCCAUAGAUAUUGCGAAGUAAGCCCAUCCACGGAGCCGCUGCACGUUCCAGCGGAUGGCGUUUCAGACGGGAGUAAGUCGGGAUG